GCGCCCAAGGGCUGAGGCGCGCUCCCUCGCUGCCGGCUUACCCGCGGCCGGACGGUCCCGGAGGAAAGAGGGAAGAGACGGACAAUGAAGAGAAGUGACCGGCGGAGUUUAUUGUCGGCCGGCCGUUCCAAGCAGUAGCUUCCUGGGUCGCGCACUAACAAAGAGAACAACAACUCCUUGCUUGUGAAAAGCAAAAGGAGUACCUCUGGACCAUUAGUAAUUAGGAGUUCAUUCCAGAGACACUGGAGUGCUCUCCCAUUAUCCAGGUCUGCAUUCUUCAUUGGUUCCUUAAUUUCAGCUUGCUUAGAAGCAGUAAUGGCAACAGAAUGCAUUAAGAAUUGUUGUAGGGGAUGUUUAUAUAUUGAAAAAGAAAAGCAUGAUGCUUCUCUGGAGAAAGAAUCUACAGUUACAGACAAAUAUAGAUCAAAAGUAGUGGAGAAACCUCCUUUGUCUUCUGUAUCCAUGAAAAGGCAGGUUGGCUGUUCAGAAGAUUAUCUUCUCUCCAAGUUCCCACCAGAUGGCAAAGAAAUACCCUUUGUAGUUCCUCAGUUCAAGCUUGCUUACAUCCAACCCAGGAACCUUGGUAAUCCACAUCUUGGCGGACUUCAAGGUUCGGUUGUAUCAUCUUUCAGUGAUCGGAAAGCAGAACUUUCUAGUAUAUACCAUCAAAGACCUGUUGAUGUGGUUUAUAACCCAUUCUAUAUGCAACUGCCACCUCUUUCUCCGGAUCUCGAUCAGUGCCACACAGAAAAAGUAGUGAAUAGGAGAUUAUAUGGAUCAGUUUGUGACCUAAGAAGUAGCACAUUGCCCUGCUCUUCCUCUCUAAGUCAUUCUAUGUUUGAUCUUACAAGUCCACCCCACCGAUUUGUUCAGAGGUAUGAUUCCACCUCCAGUGUACCAAGCAGCAUAUCCUCCAGAAAGGAUUCACAAGGUAGUAACAGGAGUUUAGAUACGAUUACAUUGUCAGGUGACGAAAGAGAAUUUGGCAGGCUGAAUGUGAAGGUGUGCUAUGUUUUUUCUGUUGAGCAGAUAUGGAUCACCAUUUUGAAAUGCAAAGAUUUGAACUGGUCAUCUACUUGUGAAGAACACCCUCAGAUUUCCAUCAAAGGAAUCCUCACUCUACACAAACCAGUGCAGUUCAGAUGUUUAGCAAAAGAAGCUUCCAAUGACAUUGAGUUCAUGGAAACAUUUGUAUUUCCUAUUAAACUGCAACUCCUCCAGACUGCAAGACUUGUGUUCAAAGUACAAUCCCUGAUUCCCAGGAAAAAAACUAUAGGAGAAUGUAUUUUGCCAUUGCGCGACCUCAGUUCACAGGAAGUGGAUUAUUGGCUGACGAUAACACCUCCUUCCAAAGCUUUAGUGUGUUCUGCAGAACUGAAAAUAGGCACCUGUUUUCAAGCAGUAAACAGCCGGAUCCAGUUGCAAAUUCUGGAAGCUCAGAACCUUCCAAGUUCAUCCACACCAUUGUCUUCAAAUUUUUUUGUAAAGAUUGUGAUGCUCAGCACCGAAGGAUUGGUUGCUAAGAAAAAGACACGUCUGCUGAAGUCUACUAACAGUCAAGUAAAAUGGGGAGAAACUCUGAUAUUCCCAGUGAGCCAGAAUGAACAUGGAAUAAACUUUCUCAUCAAACUCUACAGUAGGAGCUCAGUGAGAAGAAAACACUUUCUGGGACAGGUUUGGCUAAGCAGUGACAGCAACAGUGCUGAAGCUGCUGAUCAAUGGAGGGACACAGUUGCUAAUCCAGAGAAGGUUGUGGUUAAAUGGCAUAACAUCAGUCCAGCGUGAUACUGCUUUGAACAGUCAUUUUGGUACUGAUUUGGACUUGAGCCCAGAGACUUUUGCACUUAUUUAAAAUAAACAGCCAUCAGAUAACAAGAAAAGAAAAGAAGCACCUACAUGGACCAUGUACAAUAUCAUCUCUGAACAAGAAAAUCACAGAGGAAACAGUAGUGUUGAAAAAGGAAGCAUAGUAUGUGGAAUUCAAAAGCCACACUGAAAAAUUAGUGGCUUGAUUACUAAUUGACUGUUUUAAAAAAUCUAUCAAGCUUACAUAUAAAACUUUUUAAUAUUUAUACUCUAUAAGAAAAAUUAAUUUAAAAACUUUGUAUAGAUUUUAGUCAAAAAUACCAUGGGAGAGCUUUCCUUCAGAAAGACUUAGUUCCAUGUAUUACAGUAGUUGACAACCAUGCUUCAGCUCUUACGUUACUUCUAAAAGUAUUCCAUGGACACUUUAUUAUUUCUAAAUACAUGUUGAACAAGUGAGGUAAGGUAGGCAGAGAGGUAGAACUAAUAUUUUACCAUUUAAAUUCUUGAAAUAAACACUUUAAAGUAAUUUUUAAGAAUGGUUGUUGUUGUGUUGGAUAGUAAAUUUGAAGGGUAGGCUGGGAAAUCACUAUUCCUGUUUUAUAUAAAAUAUUUACAUUUGUUGUUGUCCCAUCUUACUGUUCUGCAGCAUAAAAUUUGCUUUAUUGUUUCGAGCAGAGAGAUUAGUAAGAAGUACUCCAAUGGUGAAGUUCAGAAGAAUCUGAUCUGCUACUUAAAGGUAGCAGGGACCCAGUAUUCCAUGUUUUAGGAAAACUAAAGUUACCAGUCCUUAUAAAAUGAAAGAAACAAAGCAAAGUGCGCAAGCAUGAUUCUAGCCAAUCACUUUGAGAAAUGAGCACAUACCUUUCAGUGUUUUAAGAUAACAUGUUAAGAAAUUAUAAGGGCAAAUGAAGCUCAUAUGGGUAACUAAUCCAUGAAUAGCUCAGCUGGCAUCAUAUAGGAGAUUUGUAGAAUCCCCAGAUCUGGAGCAUCUAUGACAUAAUCAAGCAGGUGCCCUGACUACUUACUAGAGAUGAAGCAUUUUUAAGGCACAAGGGUCUGCAUAUGUUCAUUAUGAUUUAGUGUCUUGACAACUGAGAUGUUUGACAAUAAAGUUGGUGAUACUUGAAAUAGGCACUACACAGCAGGAUAAUCCAUACAAAAAAAAAAAAAAAAGAUCAGUAACAUCUGAAAUAAACUUUCAUGGGGAUUUGAAAUGCAGCAUGAUUUAACUUGCAUGGCUUCAUUGCCUCUUUCAUUAGAUUAACAGUUCACAUUGAGCUUUCAAUAAAAAGGAUUCAGUUUGCUACAAAGCUGUUGCCAUGUGAACUUGGAAGGGCACAUUUAACAUGUGAAUCCUCAUGCUGAUGGCUGCCUCAUGAAUAUUUAUUCCUGUUUCUCAUAACAACUAAGGAUAUACGGGAUGUUUAUAUGCAAUGAACAGAAAUGCUUGGACCAUUUGAAACCAUACGUAAUUAUAACUCUUGUAGUAGAAUUCCAGCAUAUGGAUAUCUUUUAUAGAUCAUUAAACUUCAGAAACUAUAACUCUCUCUGAUAUCUCUGAUAAAAACGUUAGGAAUUGGUGCAGGCAGUGUUACACUAUUUUAAAAUGUACUGGUUUUAAAAAGGACAAAACUUGUAUCUGGACCCCCCGUUUCAGUGAGACUUGACUGGUGUUGGUGCAUGAAACAGAAUGCCCUAAGUGCAUAAUGAACUGAAUGAGAAAAUAUAGUGGUAGAGCUAUUAGCUGGAAAAAUUCAGAUUUUUGUGAGGAAGGAGGAAAAAAAACCAUACUGCAGAAUGUCAGUAUGAAAAAGCAAAGGUCAGAAGAGAGGAAGAAUGAAUUAAGGGAAAAAA